CCUGUUAAAGGGGAUAAUGUUGAUGCAGUAAAUGGAGGAAUAGAUUGCUUUGAGAUGGCAAGCCAGACUAGUGAAGGUGUUGAUGCAUCAUACACGGAUGACAUUAGCAGUGUGCAAAGUUGGACGCUGAGAUCCUUAUCUGAGUCUAGUGUUGCUUGUGUAACUGGUGAUUUUGCAAUGCAAAAUGUUCUUCUGCAGAUGGGUUUACGUCUUCUGGCACCUGAUGGAAUGCAGAUUCGACAGUUACAGAGGUGGAUAUGGAAAUGCCACGCCUGCUUUACUGUGACUGUUGAAAGUGGGAGGAUUUUCUGUCCAAAGUGCGGAAAUGGAGGAACUUUACGCAAGGUAUCUGUAACAGUUGGCGAGAGUGGAACUGUUUUAGCUGCACGUCGGCCACGGAUAACACUUCGUGGUACAAAAUUUUCACUGCCUUUACCUAAAGGUGGGAGGGACGGCAUUGCCAAGAACCUCAUUUUACGGGAAGAUCAACUUCCUUCCAAGUUCCUUAAACAAAAGCCAAAGAAGAAAAUAGAUAAACAGGGAGAUGAUUUCGUCAUGGCUGAUGACAUCUUCACUCACCAUACGGAUGCCAAAAAGCCCCUUCAGCCUCCCAUGAGAAAAGCAUUAGCCGUUUUUAGUGGAAAGAGGAACCCUAACGACAAUCAUUACUCCAGGCGUAGACCUAAGUAACUCUAUUGAAAAUUUUGUUUGGUUUGGAUUUUUUGACCUGGGAAAUCUUGUUGUAUUUGAGUUAUUUUCCUCAGCUGUAGAUUGUUGCGUAUCUCCAAUUUCUAUGCUUCAUAAAACCCCAACAGGUACAAGUUUUGUUGCAAAAUACCAAAUUUAUCAUGUGAUCUUGGGGCAUGUUUAGGAGAUUGCGCUCCUCCAUAAUUUUUUUGGAAGAUUAAUACACGCAUUCGCAAAGA